AUGGAAGCAGAAGAUGUAACUCACCACGAGCAGCCAAAGGAGGAGGACAAGGAUCAUGCUGAAGAGGCAAAACCGGCAAAGGAGAAGAAAGAGAAGAAGCAUAAGAAGGAGAAGAAAGAGAAGAACAAGGAGAAGGAGAAGGUUGGGGAGAUCACCGAUGCUACCAAGCUGAGAGCGAAGCUGGAGAAGAUGGAUGCAAAGAUCGACGACCUGAAGGCAAAGAAGCAGGAGAUUGUUGCUCGACUCCUCGAGCUCGAGGGGACGGCGCCAGCCAAUGAAGCAGCUGCACUGCCGGCGACAAGCGGGUGA